AUGUCUACAGUAUCAGCUGACGAAUGCUACUCCAAUGUGGACAGUCUAGAAGAGCUGCGUCGCAUCUGUGGCGAACGAGAUGCCACCAUAAACAAGUUAAAAAUACUUCUCGUCCGCAAGAACAAGACAAUAGCCUCUCUAGAAGAGGAAGUCUCUUACCUUAAGACUGCUAACCAAAUGGUGGACCAACAGACAGGUGAAACGACCAGUGAAGUUGCCAAGCUGAAGAGUAUUCUUUCUCGUCAGCAAAUCGAUCUUGAACAAAGUAAAAUGGAAGUGGAAACCCUAUCUAAAAUGAGCAGCGAUUUGCAAAGAUCUUUUGCUGCGGUGAAACAAGAGCGAGAUACCUUCAAAUCCGAGGUAUCCCGGCUUAUGAAUGAUCUGGUUACCGCUAACGCUCAAACCACGGAGUUGUACGCCAUCGCCUCCAAAUGUUCACCGCUACCCAACAAUUUCCUCACUCAUUCCCACAAUCAACACGCAUUUAUUCUUGCCACUUUCAAGAACCUUGCUGAAGGUAAUAAUAAAUCAAACCCCGAUUUACCUAUCCUUCAUGUACUCCGAAGUAUUCAACUCGAGAUGGAUCGAUUGCGGGGUAUCAAAGGAGCUGAUAGUUUAGUUGUCAGCAGUCCAGGGGAGCUGCUUCCUCUCUUAGAAGGAUUUUCCACAUAUCUGAAGCAGUGCUCACCAGAUCGGCUGCGACUAUCACUGCGCGUACAUGAGGACAAGAUUAGGUCCUAUUUCACAGAUAUUUCACGCUCUCACAAUGAAGUGACGUCAUUGCUCAAGGAUUUCACACGGUUCUUCAAUUCAUCUGUUCAGCUAAUUUUAUCUACUGUUAAUAAAUUGGAUUCCCAUUCACCACGUCAUGUAAAGACAGAUUUGCUUCACAAGGAAUUUUCGGUUCUGAAAGGCGAUUUAGAUUCUAUAAAGGAUGCUAUGAUGCUGCAUAUGUCAUCGUUUGUUGAAAACACUUCCGCGCUAAGAAAGCAGAUCACAUCCGCUCUUAUUAGCAAGUCGCUGCCAACGCAGACACAUCACUCUCCCACAGUGGAUGAUAUGAUUUCGCAUAACUUCAAAUUUAGAUCAAUCCUUUCUGUCGUCUCUUCACUUCAGAACGACUUGACAGAAGUCAAGACAACAGUAAGUCAGUGGUUGACUUCGCUACAGGCUCAAAUCCAUGAUAUUCAGCACUUUCACGGGAAACUCAUAUCGGAAAUCAGUCAGCGGUCGCCACCACCGCCGCCAUACAGUGAAUGCAUCAAUGUUCCCAAUUCGUCCACUUUGGAAGCUCUUCUUACUGACGUUUGGCAACUCAAAGACUCUCUGUCGGGAGUGAGAUACUCCCUUACAGAGGAGUUCUUGAGUCUUCAAAAACAUGUGAAGGGUAUUGAACUUAUCCGCCGCAAACUUAUGUGUCAACUGCACAACAAAGUCACUAAGUUGCGAAGUGACGCAACUGAUAUCCGCAGGGAGAUGCACGAACUUGUCUCCUCCUCGAAUCACCAAAUCACUGCCAUUACCACUUACGUCCACUCCAUCGAAAACAUGCGACUUAAAGGCUUUGAGGAGGUCCAACGUCAGCGUUUUAAGGACUAUGAUCGUCUGGUGCGAGAUAAAGAGUCCGAGAUUGGUCAGUUGAGGGAGUCUUGCGACCGCCUCUCCGAUGAAUGUGACCGAUUUGGUGCGAUGCGAGAGGCUCUGCGCCAACUAAUUCUCACUUCGGCUACUUCUUCUGUGUCUCUUAGUGGUCUUAGCACCGAAGAUGCUACUCUAGUCACUGAUCUUUCCAGCCACCUGAAUCGCUCGCAAGCAACACAGCUAGAGUUGGUUGAGCAAACACAAGCAAUCGCCUCUCUUCAGUCCGAUCUAGCCGCCAAGACUGCGGCACUAGAUGCGGCAGUAGUGCGGGCGACUGAAGCCGAGACAAGUGCUGCGGAGUCGGCAGCGGAGGCGUCCGGACUGCAGGAAAAGCUGAAUUUAGUGAAAAGACUCCUAGUGCGUGUACGAAAGGACGCCUCAGAGACGGAGAAGCGUGCGCUGCGGGUAGUAGAGAUGGAGGCAAAGGUAACAGAGUUGACCCAGGCUUUGGAUAAAUCGCAGUGCCACGAGGAGGCAGCACAAGCGAAGCUGGCGGAGGUGAUGGCGGAGCGAGAGAGAUUGGUGGGGAAAGUAGCCUCGUUGCAGAAACAAUACGAAUCCUACAAAGUCAAGGCCCUGCUUGCGUUGCGCAACGGCAAGGAGCACCCAGAGGAAGGCAACAUCACAGGUGAUAGUAGCAGUGGUACUGGAACUGAAGGAAUCGGAGGUGGCGCCAGUACCCCACUGUCGUGGCGCUAUGAGUGCUCUAGUCUGGUGCAAACCGAGGUGGUGCGACUUAAGGAGCGAGUAAGAGAAUUGGAAGCUUUGUUGGGGCAGACCACCGCUCGGCUCAACUCUGCACUGAUUGACCUUGAGGCAGCUAACUUCGCACUGGCGGAGGAGAGGGAGAAGUGA